GAAACAUGAGCAUGAAAUGCAUAAGAAGUUGAAAUUUACGUCGUUAAAUAUAGAUUCACGAAUAUUAAGACAAAGCGCAUUCUUGGCUUGUUAGUGUUGGAUUAACUGUCGUGUAAAGUAUGGGUUACAACAUCUGUAUGAUCAGUGACUUCUUCUACCCAAAUGUGGGAGGGGUGGAGAGUCACAUCUUCCAGCUGUCUCUCUGUCUCAUAGAGUUAGGCCACUCUGUGACUAUAGUGACUCAUGCAUAUGGCGACAGAAAGGGAGUGAGAUACAUCACCAAAGGAAUCAAGACAUAUUAUUUACCUUUCAAACCAGUCUACAAUCAAGCUAUUCUGCCUUCUUUCAUCCUUACGAUUCCGCUAUUGCGUAAUAUCUUCAUCCGUGAACAGAUCGAAAUUGUUCAUGCGCAUGGCGCCUUCUCUGUUAUUGGAAACCAGGCCUUGUUUCAUGCAAUAUUUUUGAACCCUGACUUGAAGACAGUGUUCACUGAUCACUCUCUAUUCGGUUUCGCAGAUACUAGUGCAAUAAUCACAAACAAGGUUCUUCAAAUAGCACUGUGGAAUGUAGACAGUGCAAUAUGUGUGAGUCAUACGGGGAAAGAGAACACAGUCCUGAGGGGGAAAGUGAAGCCGGAGCUGAUCUACGUGAUUCCGAAUGCAGUGGACACGCGAGUGUUCUACCCCCACUUGAGUUGUGACAGCGGAGGGGGCAGAAUUGGAUUGGUCGUGAUGAGUCGACUGGUGUACAGAAAGGGAAUUGAUAUUCUGGGCAAGAUAAUGGUCCCCCUCUGUGAGAAAUAUCCAAAUGUGCACUUCCACAUAGGGGGAGAUGGACCCAAAAUGGUGCUUCUUGAGGAGAUAACUGAGAAGAACAAUUUGCAGGACCGAGUCUUCUUCUACGGCAGUGUGAAACACGAGCGAGUCAGAGACAUACUGGUGAAAGGCAACGUAUUCUUAAACAUGUCUCUAACUGAGGCCUUCUGCACAGCCAUAGUGGAGGCUGCCUGUUGUGGACUGCACGUGGUCUCCACCCGGGUGGGAGGGGUGCCAGAAGUGCUCCCUCCUGAGGUCAUGACCCUAGCACCAGUUGACCCCAGUCUCUACUUGAAAGCAGUAGAGUCUGUUCUGGAUAAAUAUCUCACUGGAGAUAUUUUGGACAGGGAGCAAACCAGUCGAUUGGCGUCUGGGAUUUACAAAUGGAAAGAUAUGGCACAGAGAACACAAGUAGUCUAUGACAACAUAUUCAGACGUGACGCCGACUGCGAGGGAUCCCGCAAACACGACUACCCCGGCAACCCUAAACGGAGUCUUUACAACAUUGGGGUGUUUUUUGGGAAGAUAGCCUACAUUAUAGCACUAUGGAAUAUGCUGUUGAUUUUGAUUUGUGACAAACUUUUUCCGAAAGAGACUAUUGACACAUGUCCUAAACUAUUGACUAAGAAAAAACUAUAGCUAUUUAUUGCUUUGCAAAUAAAAUGAUCAAAAAUUUAGAUCAAAAUGUGAAGUUUUAAGCUAUCUCGAUCACGACUCUUGCUGUGUGUAGCUGUAUCGACCACGACUCUAAAACUAUUGGAGUUUCCAGAAAGAAUGUUCUCUGCUAGCGUAUUGAUAUUGAUGACAUAGUAUUUAAAUUUUCAUUGUUUUUUUUUGUAUCUGGUCUUCAUGGACUUUUCAAGAAGUUAAGUAGAUGUUCCCUUGCCAUUGAGCGAUUUCUGCAAAUACCGGUAAUUACACCUGCGAGAGCAAGGGUGUUGUAGUCUAAUUGGUAACUAGAUUCAUUUCCCGUAUACAACUUUUCAAUAAAUAUGUAAAAAAUUGAA